AUUCGAUUCUGCAGAGGCAGCUGGUAUAGCACUUCGAGCACUUGCAGGAAGAAAGUUUGCUGAACAUACAGUUCUUACAUCUUAUUUUGCUGAAGAACAAUACUUUGCAGAAGACUUUUAA